UGUGGAGGGACACAAUCCUGCUGCUGCCCAGUACGAUGCUGACAGGCGCCGUCCCGCGGCUCCCCUGGAUCAUAUCGUCUGCUCGUGUGGCCCCUGGGAGCCUCAGUCUGUGCUGAUGAGCGUGAUGUAGCUAUGAGCGUUUCCUGGCGGAUUUUGACUAUAAUCUCCACCUGGUGACAGGACUUUGGACGUUAACUUCGGUCACCGUCUGACAAUUGCAGUCCCUGCACACCCCGAAAUACAGUCAGCCAUGCCGGAUUCAGCCGAAUAACGGGAAGCACUGGGGGCGGGGGUGGGGAGUCCAGUUUUCCGAAACUCCCAUCAAAAGACUGCCAUGUUGGUGAGAAUGAGAAACUGAGCGGGGGAAAAGUGGAAAGCAAGUGAGACUUGAAGGGGCUAAAGUGCUCGUGUCGGUGACAGAAAAGAAGAGCCAUCCUGUCAGUAGGUCGGCAGCUCCUGAGGCAGCCAGGCUCCAGAGGAUGACGAGCCUGUUCAAGCGCAGCAGCAGCAAUGGAGGCUCCGGCGGUGGUGGAAGUGGCGGCGGUGGUGGCGGAGGCGGCAGCGGGCAGGGGCAGCUCAAUAACAGCAGGCCCAACCGGCAGGUCCGACGCCUGGAGUUCAACCAGGCCAUGGAGGACUUCAAGACCAUGUUCCCCUCGAUGGACUAUGAGGUGAUCGAGUGCGUGCUGCGCUCCAACAAUGGAGCCGUGGACGCCACUAUCGACCAGCUGCUCCAGAUGAGCAUUGACGGACAGGGCUCGGAUGACAGCUCGGACUCAGAUGACAGCAUCCCGCCAGAGAUUCUGGAGCGAACACUUGAACCUGACAGCUCAGACGAGGAACCGCCUCCAGUCUACUCUCCGCCAACGUAUGAUAUGCACAUUUAUGACAGAAAAUACCCAGAAGCCCCACCAACACCCCCGCCAAGAUUUGAAGCCCAGCCACCUCCAGGUCACCAGCAGGUCAGAAGUUACAGGAACUGGAACCCUCCUUUGCUGGGAAAUCUCCCCGAUGAUUUUCUGCGAAUCCUGCCACAGCAGUUGGACAGUAUAAAGAGCUCUCAGAGCAGUCUAUCCCAGCCUUCAUCGUCAUCCUCCUCCUCAGUUUCUUCAAUAAACCAAUGGACAGCCCAGUGUGGCUCUCUGUCUGGAGCCGCGGGGACCUCUGGAGGUCCGGGUUUGACGACAGGAGCCACGGAGCAGGACAAGAAACUGAAGCAGUAUCUGGAAGACGAGCGCAUCGCCCUCUUCCUGCAGAACGAGGAGUUCAUGAGAGAGCUACAGCGCAACCGCGAGUUCCUCAUCGCCUUAGAGAGAGAUCGCUUGAAGUAUGAAUCAAAGAAAUCAAAGUCCAAUCAUUCAUCUAGCAUGGAGAGUUCCACAGGAGAGCAGUGUGCAGCUUCAAUGGAGGCCGUCUCAGAUGACGCCCUGUUCAGAGACAAACUCAAACACAUGGGCAAAUCGACGAGAAAGAAGCUGUUUGAAAUUGCCAGAACGUUUUCAGAGAAGACAAAGAGGAGAAAGUCAAAACGGAGGAUGCUGCUGAAGCACCACUCAUUGGGCACAGCCAACUCUACAGCUAAUCUCCUGGAUGAUGUAGAGGGAAACCCCUGUGAGGAAGAUGGCCAGCCCAGACGAGCAAACACUCAGGAAGAGAACGAACAACGCAAUGAGCCAAUAUUAUGAUCCUCCUAUGCUGCACCAUAUCAGGGUUACCAUGGCGACGGCAGCAUGACCCAUGGGUGGCGGCCUUGCAGCUCUUCCUGUCCCCACCUGCUCACCUCACCUUAAUCCAAACCAGCCAAUGUAAGGCUUCCUUCCUCCUUCCCAGGGAGAGGAACUGGACUGUUCCCAGCAGUGGCCGAACUGUCUAUAAAUGCAUUAUCUCUGUAUGAUAACACUUUGUUAAUAUAUCAUUUUACAUGUAAAGGAAAAAUGCAUUAGUCCUUACCAGUAUUUGUUAACGGCUUCCUUUAAUCCACUGAGAGGAACACUAGCGUAGUGAUGAUCUCGCCAAUAUGAACCUUUAUUACUUUUCCAGACUGCGUGUUUCGGAUCGGUGUCCCUCAGGCUUGACAUUUCAAAUCCAAAGUCUUCACACGCUCCUUUAUAUACACUAAAAACCAUGUAGAGCUUUUUUACCAUGUUUUCUUAAUCCGAUUGUAAUAUUCUGCCGUUUUUGAACGUCAGGGGUUAUGUAACUGAAAUUCUUAUGUGUCAGCAUAUUGUGGCCAUUAAAAGUUGUGGCUGCCGAAAAUGUCAACACUUGAUCAUUGAUAACCAGUUGAUCACGCAACUGUGUUUUCGGGAAAAAAAGCAUGUCUAGAACAGUUCACUUAGUUUGCUUUGUUUGGCAAGGUGAGAGCGCCGUCAUUCAGCACGUUGUUGCACCACAAACGGCACAGCUGCCAGAUCAUUUCACCACCAUGACGGGCCGUGUGCCAUCUGGCAUCAAGUUAUGGUUAAUGUGAACUCGCUUCCAAAGUUUCAACAGGGUUAUGUAACGAAACCAUUCCAACAGCCAGGCCAAGGUCUCAAGUCAAGUGUUAUAUAAUCCUGAUUACAAAAAAAGAUGGCACGAUAUGCAAACGCUAAUAACAACAGAAUGCAAUGAUUUGCAAAAUAGUUUUCGACGGAAAUUCUAUUAAAAUAAGUACAAAGACAAGAUAGUUCAUGUUCAGACUGAAACUUUGUUGUUUUUGGUAAGGCUCAUUGUGUGUUUGAUGCCAGCGACAUGUUCCAAAAAAGUUUUGGCAGAGACUCGAUGACCACUGGGUUACAUAACGUUUUCUUUUAAUAACGCUCAGAGAGAGUUUGGCAGCCGAGCACACUAAAGUCACGUUUAGAAGAGAGCAGCCCUGCUAAAAACUGAAAAGUCUCGACUUUGCGUUUAAAAAACAACAAAUAACUUUGUACUCACACACAACAGAAGAACAAAGUGCGACCGUGACGUCACCGUUCACACAGGAUCCGCUCAUUGCCAGUUUACACAGCAAUAGAAGGGGUGGCGUUUUCAAAAGAUUACACUCUGAACCAGGUUUCAAAAGUUUGCGUUUUCAGGCCCCCAAAACGGCGCUGUCUUAUGAACAAAACGCCAAACUGUGACAAAAGUUUAACACUUCAUGUAAGAGCAGUUGACGUGUAAACGGCCCCUUAUUGUUGACAUCUUGAAAAUAAAUCUCUUUCCCAUUCUUGCUAAUUAUACGUCUUAAGUUGCUCAACAGUCCAGUUUCUCUGUUGCUGUGUUUUGCGCUUCAUAACAAGCCGCACUUUUCAGUGGGUGACAGCACUGAACUGCAGGCAGCCGAGUACCUGCACUCUUUAAUAAUCAAACCACGCUGACCCUGAAAUGUUCGUCGUCUGGAUGGCAGCGUAUGUUGCUCCAAAACCUGUAUGUACUUUUCAGCAUUCGUGGUGCCUUCAAAGAUGUGCAAGUUAUCCAUGAUGCCAUGGGCACUCACACCCCCCCAUACCAUCAGAGCUGCUGGCAGAAUGCAACGAUUUGCAAAAUAAUUUUCGACAUAAAUUCAAUUGAACAAAGUACCAAGACAAGUUAUUUAAAGCUCAGAUAUUUUUGUUAAAUAUAAACUCAUACUGCAUUUGAUGCCAGCAACAUGUUCCAAAAAAGUUUGGGCAGGGACUCGAUUACCACUGUGUCACUUUUUCUUUUAAUAGCACUCAGAGUUUGGCAGCCGAGGACACUAAAGUCACGUUUAGAAGAGAUCAGCCCUGCUAAAAACUGAAAGGUCUUGACUUUGCGUUUUGGUUU